GCCCCUCCACGCGGAGUCCGAGCGCGUGUGCCGAGACCCGAGGGUCGGGAGGGCGGAGACUGGGAGGGAGGGAGAAGCCCCUUUGGCCUGCCUUACGGAAGCCUGCGAGGGAGGGUGGUGUCCACUGCCCAGUUCCGUGUCCCGAUGCCCAGCGCCAGCGCCAGCCGCAAGAGUCAGGAGAAGCCGCGGGAGAUCAUGGACGCGGCGGAAGAUUAUGCUAAAGAGAGAUAUGGAAUAUCUUCAAUGAUACAAUCACAAGAAAAACCAGAUCGAGAUUUGGUUCGGGUUAGAGACUUGACAAUACAAAAAGCUGAUGAAGUUGUUUGGGUACGUGCAAGAGUUCAUACAAGCAGAGCUAAAGGGAAACAGUGCUUCUUAGUCCUACGUCAGCAGCAGUUUAAUGUCCAGGCUCUUGUGGCGGUGGGAGACCAUGCAAGCAAGCAGAUGGUUAAAUUUGCUGCCAACAUCAACAAAGAGAGCAUUGUGGAUAUAGAAGGUGUUGUGAGAAAAGUGAAUCAGAAAAUUGGAAGCUGUACACAGCAAGAUGUUGAGUUACAUGUUCAAAAGAUUUAUGUGAUCAGUUUGGCUGAACCCCGUCUGCCCCUGCAGCUGGAUGAUGCUGUUCGGCCUGAGGCAGAAGGAGAAGAGGAAGGAAGAGCUACUGUUAACCAGGAUACAAGAUUAGACAACAGAGUCAUUGAUCUUAGGACAUCAACUAGUCAGGCAGUCUUCCGUCUCCAGUCUGGCAUCUGCCAUCUCUUCCGAGAAACUUUAAUUAACAAAGGUUUUGUGGAAAUCCAAACUCCUAAAAUUAUUUCAGCUGCCAGUGAAGGAGGAGCCAAUGUUUUUACUGUGUCAUAUUUUAAAAAUAAUGCAUACCUGGCUCAGUCCCCACAGCUAUAUAAGCAAAUGUGCAUUUGUGCUGAUUUUGAGAAGGUUUUCUCUAUUGGACCAGUAUUCAGAGCGGAAGACUCUAAUACCCAUAGACAUCUAACUGAGUUUGUUGGUUUGGACAUUGAAAUGGCUUUUAAUUACCAUUACCACGAAGUUAUGGAAGAAAUUGCUGACACCAUGGUACAAAUAUUCAAAGGACUUCAAGAAAGGUUUCAGACUGAAAUUCAAACAGUGAAUAAACAGUUCCCAUGUGAGCCAUUCAAAUUUUUGGAGCCAACUCUAAGACUAGAAUAUUGUGAAGCAUUGGCUAUGCUUAGGGAAGCUGGAGUCGAAAUGGGAGAUGAAGACGAUCUGAGCACACCAAAUGAAAAGCUGUUGGGUCAUUUGGUAAAGGAAAAGUAUGAUACAGAUUUUUAUAUUCUUGAUAAAUAUCCAUUGGCUGUAAGACCUUUCUAUACCAUGCCUGACCCAAGAAAUCCCAAACAGUCCAACUCUUACGAUAUGUUCAUGAGAGGAGAAGAAAUAUUGUCAGGAGCUCAAAGAAUACAUGAUCCUCAACUGCUAACAGAGAGAGCUUUACAUCAUGGAAUUGAUUUGGAGAAAAUUAAGGCUUACAUUGAUUCCUUCCGCUUUGGAGCCCCUCCUCAUGCUGGUGGAGGCAUUGGAUUGGAACGAGUUACUAUGCUGUUUCUGGGAUUGCAUAAUGUUCGUCAGACCUCCAUGUUCCCUCGUGAUCCCAAACGACUCACUCCUUAAAUUCACACUUUGCCACUUAACUCCAGUGUGGAUGACAGAGCGAGACCCUGCCUCAAAAAAAAAAAAAAAAAAAAAAAGAAAGCCACACUUACUCUUUUCAGUAACCUGCUAGUGCACAGGCUGUAUUUUAGGUACUUAAAAUAUGCACUAGAAUAAAUUUGCAAGGCCCUAAAAUAUCACUGUUAUUUUUGGAGUAAUUCAGUAUAGGUUCGUUUAAAAGAGAUUUUUAUAACUUCAGACAUGCAUCAGUAGGAAAUACUUGAGAAAUUCAUAUGGUUAUGUUACAAAUUCAUAUUCUGUUACUACAGUAAACGUUAAGAGUUUUAAACAGUUAAGAUUGUACAAUUUUUUUUCUUUUCUAUAUUACAAGGGCCCCAGUGUUAAUGUCUUAGAUUUUCAGUAUUUGAACUUAUUUUUUUAAAUUCUGUCAUUGAGAUAAGAAUAAUUCAGGUAGCAUCUGAAAUUUUAAUGAAUGUAUAAUUGGCAUAUCAUGGAAAAUUAACCAGAAAGUAUCAGUUCUUAAAAGUUAUGCCUAGAAAUUAUGUAAAGCUAAACUACUGGUUAGAAAGUAUUCAGUGUAAUAUUGUAUUAAUUUGUUAAAUUCUAAACUUGAAUUUCAAUAAAAUUUUAAAGCUAA